UGCGUUUCAUUCAGUUGUGAAGUUGAUAGUGUGAAGUUGUGAGUUGUGUUGUGUGUGAAAUUUUGAAAUUUUCAUCUAGUUAUUUCUGGAUUUUGAUUGAAAGUGUAAUUGUCGAUUCAAUAAAAUGGGUAAAGAUUACUACAAAAUGUUAGGCCUUACAAAAGGCGCCACUGACGACGAAAUAAAAAAGGCGUAUCGUAAGUUGGCACUCAAAUACCACCCGGACAAGAACAAAGCGCCUGGCGCGGAGGAGAGAUUCAAGGAAGUUGCGGAGGCGUACGAAGUGUUAUCAGAUAAGAAAAAGAGGGAAAUUUAUGAUGCGCACGGGGAGGCAGGCUUGAAAGGAGGCAUGGGCGGACAAAACGGACCAGGUGUCGGACAGUCGUACUCGUACACGUUCCAUGGAGAUCCAAGAGCCACGUUUGCACAAUUCUUCGGCUCUGCGAGUCCGUUCCAAGCGUUCUUCGACCUCAACGGUGGCAGCGGAGGUACGACGAUGUUCUUCGACCGCGACAUGGACGUUGACAUGGAUCCAUUCGCAAACAUGGGCAUGGGACAAACGCGGUCCGGCGGGCCCGGUGGAGCUUUCCGUAGCCACAGUUUCAACUUCCACGGCUCACCUAAUAGAAAGGAGAAAACCCAGGACCCGCCGAUCGAACACGAUCUGUACGUGUCGUUGGAAGACAUCGCGCGCGGCUGCGUCAAGAAGAUGAAGAUCUCCCGUCGCGUCAUCCAGGCAGAUGGCACGUCCAAGAAGGAAGAUAAGGUGUUGACGAUACACGUGAAGCCUGGCUGGAAGGCAGGCACUAAAAUCACUUUCCAAAAAGAAGGGGACCAAGGCAGGAAUAAGAUCCCAGCUGACAUUGUGUUCAUCAUCCGAGACAAGCCUAACCCACUGUUCAAGAGAGAAGGCAGUGAUAUCAGAUAUACAGCUAAAGUCUCAUUGAAACAGGCUCUUUGUGGCACAAUUAUUGAAGUACCAACAAUGACAGGUGAGAAGCUAACUGUAAACUUACAAGGAGAGGUUGUCAAGCCCCACACUGUGAAACGGUUUCCGGGAUAUGGCCUACCAUUCCCCAAGGAGCCUACGAGGAAGGGUGAUCUUCUAGUUGCAUUUGACAUCAAAUUCCCAGACCGAUUAAGUUCAGGAGUGAAAGAAAUACUCAUGGACACUCUACCUAACUAAAUUUGUGGUACUAAGUCAGUUGGAUUUAUAAGAACUAUUAAAGUGUAUAAUGUGAGUUCUGGUGACUCCAUGUUUUGUUGUGGAGUUCAGACAUCACCGGUAUGCUCAAAUGUGAAGCUCACUCCUGCACAGAUGACUUCUGUUGCAGGAAACAUCAUACUCAUUUUAUCUUAAGUUUGAAUUGCUUCCAGUCGGGGUCUAGUCCUGUGACAAUUAUUUAUUGAAAGCUUUUUAUUAUGAAACAUUAGAAGCUAUAUGUUUAAGGUACUUAUGGACCCUGGCGUAGUCUGUUUGCUAGAGGUCUGAAGCAGAUAUGAUGGAGUUUACGAUUUUGUGGCUGGUAUGUUAAAAUGUAUGUCUGUGUGUCUCCCUGUGCGUUGUAGUACAGAGAGACGUGUUUGUCUAUGAUGUGGUUGUGUGAAUAUUUAAUUUGAUGUAAAUAUUUUCCAUUUUGUACAUAAUGUGAUUAAUGGAACAGUGAUUGUAAGUUUUAAGUUUCAAGGCUCAUUGACUAUUGAGCUAUUUGACAUCACGUCUGGUUCCAUAUUGUGACAAACUUUCAAUAAUAGUUCCAUAGAGAAUAAGUCUAGAAACUAAGAACUGUCAAUUGCAUUUAAUUGGUUUUUGAAAUAAGAUUUUAAUAGAAAAUAAAUUUCAUUUCAAAGACUGUAACAUUAAUUAUUAAUUACAGUA